AUGGUAUCAGGCGAGUUCAAGAAAUCGGAACUUAUCGCCAAGUAUGGACUGCUGCCUCGAGACCUUCGAAAGAUCGACUCCUCCGUCCUUCCCCAUAUCCUCGUCCGUCCUUCGGCCAUCCUGAUUAAUCUCCUCCAUCUUCGAGUCCUUAUACAGUCUGAUAGAGUUCUGGUUUUCGACGCUUUUGGAAGCACUGACUCUUACACUCAGUCGUUGUUCAUGUAUGAUCUGGAAGGGAAACUUCGACAAAAGGCGGACCCUAGAAACGGCUCUUACAACCUGCCAUACGAGCUGAGAGCUCUUGAAGCAGUUCUUAUUUCUGUCACUUCGGGCCUGGAAGCAGAAUUUGCAUUGGUUCGCGAUCCAGUCACACACAUCUUACGAGAACUCGAAGAAGACAUUGACAGAGACAAACUACGGCACUUGCUGAUACACUCCAAGAAACUCGGAACAUUCGAGCAGAAGGCAAGACUGGUUCGAGAUGCCAUCGACGACCUCCUCGAAGCAGAUGAUGACCUUUCUGCCAUGUAUUUGACCGAGCGGAAGGCUACGGGCAAGCCCCGCGCCGAAAACGACCAUCAAGAAGUUGAAAUGCUCCUCGAGUCUUACCACAAGAUCUGUGAUGAAAUUGUCGAAAUAUCAGGCAAUCUGAUCAGCAACAUCCGAAACACGGAAGAAGUGGUCCGAGCGAUUCUGGAUGCCAAUCGCAACCAGCUCAUGUUGCUCGAGCUCAAGUUUAGCAUUGGGACGCUCGGACUUGCUGGCGGGACACUUAUUGCCGGCCUUUAUGGCAUGAACUUGAAGAACUUCAUUGAAGAAUCAGACUGGGCUUUUGGUGGAGUCAGCGUUGUGUGCUUCGGUCUGUCGUGGUUGAUCUGCAUUUAUGGCAUGCGGAAGUUGCACAAAGUGCAGAAAGUGCGUAUGUGGGGCGAAGGGCUCGACCACAGCAUGGGCUUCCGUGGUGGCAAGAUCGGGGGUCGAGGGAAUUGGCGUAAUGAAGCAGUGGAGAGCCAGGCGCAUAAAAUUGGUCGGUUGAAAGCAGGAGGAAGUGCUCAGACCGGCCGUGUGCUUUGGCCUGGUAUGGACGGGUUGGGAAUGCAUAAACUCAACAAUGCCAACAACGAUGACCAGCAGCAGCAGCAGCAGCGGAAGGGAAUCUUUGGCAGCAACACAAACGCGAGCGCAGACGCGGAUGCUGGGGCGAACGCACCCGGCAUGACGAUUCACGAAGACGUCGAUAACGUCGAGGCCAAGAUGAAGGCUGAUGCGAGGACGGAGAAAGGUCUGAUGACCAAGGAGCAGAUGAAGGCACAAAAGAGGAAGUGA